AUAAGUGGGGAAGUUUGUUUCAGGUCAUGGAUGUUUUUACCUCACAAGUGUGAGCAGCUGUUAGGGAAGUGUCGUCGUCGUCGGAGGAGGAGGAAUUUACAGUUUAGAGACUGAAAACUUCUCUUUUAGUGUCAGCACACUUAGCAGGGAGUGGUCUGAUCUUCAACUAGAAUUCACUGAGGACAAAGAGUUUCGAUCCGUGGACUUUUGUACAGUUUUCCCUAUUUUUGUUUCUAUUCACGACUCGGGAAACAAGCAGAGAGUUUGGGGAGUACGUGAGAGGAGGAGCCACGCUGGUGAUUUCACUGGAGGGUUUGAACUGGUUUUGUAGAAGAAGAAGAUGCAGUGACAAAGAAGAAAGAAAGAAGAAACGGGAUGAAGAUCUUCAGUUGUGGACGUCUUCAGGUCACAUGAUGCUGCCUGAUGAGAGGCUGCAGUGCCUCUGCAUCUCUGAGCAAACAGGAAGUGCAGCCCUGAACCUGUGGAGGAACACCGGCCUCAGAACGUCCUCCCCCCCUUCUCCUCAAAACUGUCGUCUCACAGAGGGUCCAGAAGAACCCUGGAUCAGCCUCGUCUUAAAUACGAGGGACGUUUUCACUCUGAUCACAAGGAACAGACAUUUGGAGACUCAGCAGAAUACGAUGACAAUGGAUCGUCCCAAAAAGUGCAUUGUCUUCUGCAGUGAGGACAUACCAUCGAGACUUUUUAGUGACUGUAGGACAAUCGUGGAGAAAAGCGAUUCCCAUAUUAGUGAUAACAACAAUUCCACCGUGUUUUCCACCUCUGAUCCCAACAACAACUCUGUGGUCGAUCACCGUGGAACGACACACGGAGAGAACUUUAAUCUAUGCACACAUAAAAGUCUUCCAGCAGAGUCGUCUGGAAAAGACAGGAUGGUGAAAAUGAGGAAGAGUGUGUCCUUCGAUAAUGACGUCAUGGUCUACCUGUUCGAUCAGGAGAGUCCCACCAUGAAGCUGCACUCUGGGCCCGAUGUCACAUUAGAAGACAACGGCCUGGAGUGGGAAGACGACUUCUCGGCUCUGGAGGAGAGCUUCCAUGUUCGCCGUGUCAGCUGCGCCUUCUCUCCGCCUCCGUCCAGGCCGCAGCGUUACGUCGUCUCUCAGACCUGCCUGUUCCUCACACAUGUCACCGAGUCAGACCUUGAGCUGUGAGAUAAACGGCUCGGUGUCACUGUGGCAGUCAAAUACGCGGCGGCCGCCCGCCGUCAGCCAAAGGCCAUCUCACUGUCACCGUGGCCUAACGUGACAUCCACACUUGUUUUCCUUCCAAACGUCCAGCCUUGGUCUCAUGGAAAAAGUGACUAAUCGCUGCAGAUCUGCGUCCUCUUCACCUCUUACUCAUCUCUCUUCUGUUUUAUGAUGAGUCAGGGGAUUUUAAUGGCUUUUCCUCUCUCUCUCUCUCUCUCUCUCUCUAAAUGGAUCCAGUUAAAGCACCUGCUGUUCGUGACAUCACGGCACUUCAGGACUGUGUGACAGUGCAUUUCAGCUUCAACAGUUGACACAACCACUGGCUGUGAUGUUGCGUAACAGCGCUGGUGCUUUUCCAGAAGCAUAUUUUUGUGUCCUUGGACCCGAACUAUGAAACAUUAGUAUUUUCUUUGAAAUUCUCGUGUGUGUGUGUGAAAUCAAGAGUCCAUAUUUAAAUGGCCGGGUGGAAGAGAUUCCCGGUUGUUGUUGUUGUUGUUGUUGUUGUUGUUGUUUACUCGGUCUGUUUUUGCUUGAACAUACUGUAGCAUUCACGACCGGUUUGCUUGACUCCAGCUCAGGAUUUAUCAGCGGCUGUGGCUAAACAAACAAAGCGUGAGCUCCGGGGGUCAGUGGAGGCAGAAACAGAGCAAACUAACAGAGCAACAGAUACUGUUUCCACAGACAGAGCCAGCCAGCAUCAGCAGGGUUGGUUGAUUAGAUACAGUGUACUCCAGGAGCAGAGGAAACCUGGCAGGACCAGUGUGUCACACACACACACACACACACGCGUUGUUCAAGGACAUCAAAAACCAAGAGAGAGGUGGGAGCAACACACCUGUAAGAUUCACACAGACACAGUGAUGUGUACGCUUCCCAUUCAUUUGAAUGGAGCGGCGUUGCCAAAACUGCAUCGUUUUUGCAUUGAUUUGUUCGUAUGGAGCGCGACAGCAGGUGAAAAAUGUUCAUCAACGGCCAAUCAAAGCUAAGUUUUACAUAUAAAGUCAAUGCAAAGAUACGAGUAGAGGCUAAUGUCGCGUUGGCCAGGCAAUUGUGAGUUGUGCGAACAUCAAGGCACAACACAGCGCUAAUGGUGAGUAUGAACGCAGCAUAACACAGUCAGGUCACGUUAGCUCAAACACAGUUACGCGGCUCGGACAAGGUUAACGAUGUUUAUCGUUGGACUAAACACACUCAACAUUACCGUCACAACAUUUAGCAACAUUAGCAACAUUAGCAACUCUAGCGACGUAGUUAGACACUGCAAUAGUGGACAAAAUCUUCUGCUUCUUGUGUCAGGUAAAAAAAAAUUAAAACAAAAGCACACUGACCUACAAUAGAGUAA